AUUAUUAUUAUUAUUAUUAUCAUCCCUCUUUCUUCCUUUCCAGUGGUCCUGAGCCAGAAUGAGGAGGAACACCUUUUCAACGUUCUGAUGGUCGAUUAUAACCGCAAUUUUCGCCCUGCUGCAGACAAAGAGGACAUUGUAAAUGUUUCUUUAAAGGUUACCCUCACCAACCUGAUCUCCCUGAACGAGAUCGAUGAGGCUCUCACAACGAACGUGUGGGUAGAGAUGAAAUGGAAAGAUUAUCGUCUGCAGUGGGACCCAGAGGACUACGGCAACAUCAGCUGCUUACGGAUCCCUUCGAUCUUGAUUUGGCUGCCAGAUAUUGUCCUGGAGAACAACAUCGAUGGGAUCUUUGACGUCGCCUUGUACACCAACGCGCUGGUGUUUCCUGAUGGCAGCAUCACUUGGUUGCCCCCCGCCAUUUAUCAGAGUGUCUGCUCCGUUUUCGUCACCUACUUCCCUUUCGAUUGGCAAAAUUGCUCCAUGGUGUUCCAGUCUCAGACCUACAAUGCCCUUGAAAUCAACCUCUUGUUGACUGUUGAACAGGGAAAAACAAUUGAAUGGAUUGUCAUUGAGUCCAACGCUUUCACAGAGGAGCACACCCUCCUUUUUCUUAUUUCCACAGCUGGUGGGCAGAAGUGCACGGUCUCCAUCAACGUCCUCUUAGCCCAGACUGUCUUCCUUUUUCUGAUUGCAAAAAAGGUGCCGGAAACAUCUCAGGCGGUGCCCCUGAUUGGAAAGUAUUUAACCUUCCUCCUGGUGGUAACCAUCACCAUUGUGGUGAACGCUGUGAUUGUCCUCAACGUUUCUCUGCGCACCCCCAAUACCCACCUGAUGUCCGAGCGAGUCCGACAGGUCUUCCUGCACCUGGUGCCCCAUUACCUGGGCAUGCACAGGAGACGCCUCCCACUUCCCGCCGAGAACCGGCCCGCGCGACGACGGAGUUCCCUGGGGCUCAUGGCCAAAGCUGAGGAAUACAUCCUGUGGAAAGCCCGGAGCGAACUCCUGUUUGAGAGACAGAAGGAACGAGACGGGCUGAUGAAGAUACUCCUGUCCAAAAUCGGAGAAGGCUUGGAGAACGGAGGUCCCCAGGACUUCUGCAACAGCCUACGCCACGCGGCUCCGGAAAUCCAGUCCUGUGUGAAAGCCUGCAACCACAUCACCAAGACUUUGCGAGAGAAGAACGAUUUUGACAGCGAAAAUGAAGAAUGGAUCCUGGUGGGGAGAGUCAUUGACCGGGUCUGCUUCCUCAUCAUGGCCUCCGUUUUUAUCUUUGGCACCGUUGGGGUCUUCCUGAUGGCUCAGUUCAACCAAGCUCCGGGAAAACCUUUUGUGGGAGAUCCAAAGCGAUAUCUGCCUUAG